GGGAUCGGGCGAACAAACGUACUCCUGGCCUUUUCUAAAUUUCAUUUUCAGGUCUCUUCUCCACCUAACCUACUCGCCACCGCAUCGCUUUUCCUCGCUCUCCGUCCAAAAGCCUAUUGGCCGUCCGAUCGACGCUCCUACCGGGAUCAAUGGCUCAGAUUACUCCCCGUUCCACCCUCUUCCUAAAGCCCAUCUCCGCCGCGAUUUCCGCCACGCGCCAUCUCAGCACCGCCUCCGCCGCGCCGAUUACCGUCGAGACCAAUCUCCCCUUCGCCAGCCACAUCGUAGAUCCUCCGUCCCGCUCCGUCGAGACCACUCCUCAGGAACUGCUCACCUUCUUCCGCGACAUGUCUGUGAUGCGUCGGAUGGAGAUAGCCUCCGAUUCGCUCUAUAAGGGGAAACUCAUCCGCGGAUUCUGCCACCUCUACGAUGGGCAGGAAGCCGUCGCUGUGGGAAUGGAGGCCGCGAUUACCAGAAAGGAUUGCAUAAUCACCGCUUAUCGCGAUCACUGUAUUUAUUUGGCUCGUGGGGGAACACUUUUGGAGUCCUUUGCGGAGCUUAUGGGGAGGAAGGACGGUUGCUCCAAAGGGAAGGGAGGUUCGAUGCACUUCUAUAAGAAGGAAAAUGGAUUCUACGGCGGGCAUGGAAUUGUUGGCGCGCAGAUUCCCUUAGGGAUUGGAUUGGCUUUUGCACAGAAGUAUAAAAAGGAUGAGACUGUCACCUUCGCCAUGUACGGAGAUGGUGCCGCCAAUCAAGGACAGCUGUUUGAAGCUCUGAAUAUGGCCGCACUUUGGGAUCUGCCUGCAAUUUUGGUCUGCGAGAAUAAUCACUAUGGAAUGGGCACGGCAGAAUGGAGAGCGGCAAAGAGUCCGGCUUAUUACAAGCGAGGUGACUAUGUUCCAGGAUUGAAGGUUGAUGGAAUGGACGUACUGGCAGUGAAGCAGGCGUGCAAGUUUGCUAAAGAACAUGCAUUAAAGAAUGGACCUAUUAUCCUUGAAAUGGACACCUACAGGUACCACGGACACUCCAUGUCUGACCCUGGAAGCACAUACCGGACACGUGAUGAAAUUAGCGGUGUUAGACAGGAACGUGAUCCGAUUGAAAGAGUCAGGAAGCUUAUACUAUCUCAUGAUUUAGCCACUGAAAAGGAAUUAAAGGACACUGAGAAAGAAGUGAGGAAAGAGGUGGAUGAAGUGGUAGCAAAAGCCAAGGAGAGCCCACAACCCGAUCCAUCUGAGCUUUUUACCAACGUCUACGUGAAGGGCUUUGGAGUUGAGUGCUAUGGAGCUGAUAGAAAAGAAGUGAGAACUGUCCUUCCAUGAGACAACAAAUCAUCUUCAUCGAACAUGCUUUGUCCCAAGACUAACAGGUAAUAAAACAAAAUGAGCAUCUCAUUUCUUGGUAAGAAUCUCUAGAAAUAACUCAGCACCCAACCUGUUGUCGCUGUUAGUGUCUUAUUUUGUGAAGAGUAAUUUUUUGGCAAGGCGAUGCGAUGCAUCAAUGCCCUUAAGGGGAGGUUUGAGAUACUUUCUCUAUUUUUUUUGUAUUUUUCUAUAUAUAUUUUGUUGUCUCUCCUUCCUUCAUCACAUAUAUAAUAAAUUAUUAUAGUGUGUUUGAUA